AUACCAUACAAUAUGGUUCAAUGAAUAAAAUAAUGUUAUUGCAUUUUCAGUUAGUUGCUGACAAGCCUAGUGUGUAGACGGUGUCUGCACGGUGUGUGAGAGUGUGUGUGUGUAUCGUCGAAACGAAAAAAAAAGAGUUAGUGUUAGCGCAAAGUCGCAUUCACUUCACAGUGUGCCCUCAGAACAACAGAAUAUAAAAAAAAUCAUGUUAUUCACUCAAUUGUAAUAGAACUGAAUAGAUACUAAGGGUUACAUAAUGUGUUGUUGUUAUUAUAACUAUUAUUACUAUUAUUAUUUUUUGCAUAAAACUUAAGCGUAACGCAAGCGAUGAAUACGAAAUACAUCUACUACUCCAACAACAUUGUUUCAAGUACACACGCUCGUUCAUAAUACUUUCUACAUACACCAACAUAAAAUAAAAAAAAAAGACAAUAUAUAGUUACAAUCCAACAACUACAACACACGAACUUCGUUCUCGGCUACACAUACAAAAAAAAUGCCAAAGAUGUCUAAAUACCACAUAUACAACUUUUUUCCAACACUUCCAAUACUCGGAUUUGGAAUAUUACUAACUUUUCUUGCAGGAUGUGAAUCUGGUUCUCAUGAAAAACGACUUUUACACGCUUUACUAGACAACUAUAACGUUUUAGAACGCCCCGUCGUCAAUGAAUCGGAUCCGUUGCAAUUGAGCUUUGGACUGACACUCAUGCAGAUUAUCGAUGUUGACGAAAAAAAUCAACUUCUCAUAUCAAAUUUAUGGCUGAAACUGGAAUGGAAUGACAUGAAUUUACGAUGGAAUACGAGCGAAUAUGGGGGUGUAAAGGAUUUACGAAUACCACCGCAUCGCCUCUGGAAGCCAGACGUUUUAAUGUACAACAGCGCUGAUGAAGGCUUUGAUGGCACAUACCCAACCAAUGUAGUGGUACGCAAUAACGGUAGUGUCGUCUAUAUUCCACCGGGAAUAUUCAAAUCAACUUGCAAAAUUGAUAUAACAUGGUUUCCAUUUGAUGAUCAGCGAUGCGAAAUGAAAUUCGGCUCAUGGACUUAUGAUGGUUUUCAAUUGGACUUACAAUUGCAAGAUGAAUCAGGCGGUGAUAUAAGCAGUUUUGUUACCAAUGGCGAAUGGGAAUUGCUAGGAGUGCCAGGAAAACGUAAUGAGAUUUACUAUAAUUGCUGCCCAGAACCUUAUAUCGAUAUCACAUUUGCGAUAAUUAUUCGUCGAAAAACGUUGUACUAUUUCUUUAACUUGAUAGUGCCUUGCGUUCUAAUCGCAUCAAUGGCUUUAUUAGGUUUUACACUACCGCCUGAUAGCGGGGAAAAACUUUCACUAGGUGUAACAAUCCUCCUAUCCCUAACAGUCUUCCUCAAUAUGGUCGCAGAAACUAUGCCUGCAACUUCAGAUGCUGUGCCAUUGCUUGGUACAUAUUUCAAUUGCAUCAUGUUUAUGGUCGCGUCGUCAGUCGUUAGUACCAUUUUAAUUUUGAAUUAUCAUCACCGCAAUGCGGACACACAUGAAAUGUCCGACUGGGUACGAGUUGUAUUUUUAUAUUGGCUUCCAUGUAUUUUGCGAAUGAGUCGUCCCACCCCCGAGGAAGAUGAAGAUAAACUCGAUAAAAAAGCACAACAACUACAGAGCGUGGAACUUAAAGAACGCUCAUCCAAAUCAUUACUGGCGAAUGUACUUGACAUCGAUGAUGAUUUUAGAUGCAAUCACAGUUGCCCAGCAUUUCUUCAACAGCCAACGUACUAUCGUACUGUUUACAGGGGUGAAGCGGAAGAAAGUAUUGGAACGAUUGCCGAUACUCGUAUUAAUCAUCAAUAUCCGCAAACAUGUUUUGGUUCGUCCGAAUAUGAAUUAGCAAUGAUACUGAAGGAGCUGCGUUGGAUCACUGAUCAGCUGAAACAAGAGGAUGCCGAUAACGAAAUAUCACGUGAUUGGAAAUUUGCUGCAAUGGUUGUUGAUAGACUAUGUCUAAUUAUUUUUACUCUAUUUACGCUACUCGCCACUUUAUUUGUAUUAUUCUCAGCCCCGAAUUUUUUGCUAUAAGCAAAUUGCAAUUGUUAACACAACCACAUAAAAUAAAUGUGAAACGCACGAAUUCGAAUGCAACCGAAACAUACUUGAUAUUUAUAACUCUAUAUUAGCAUUAAUACAUACGGAAAAACAGCAAGAGAAAAAAAUAAAUUAUUACACACUGACACCACACAGGUUCACACUCAAUCACACACAAACACACACAAAUAUUAUUGCCAUUAAAUGAAUACGGAAUAUGCUUUGUAAACAUAUAAAAAUCGCGUGUUUUCACAUUUGAAUACCGAACAUAGCCUAAGAUAAGCUAUUUAAAAAGAACUAGAAACGACUUGCUAUGAUGAAAUUAGAAACUCAGCAUUGUUUGAUUACUAUUAAUACUACAGUUAUAUUAAAUAUAGUUGAAUAGAAGUGAACUUAAAAAUGAAAAAAAAAACUGGUUGAGAAAUGAGGAAAAUUAUCGAAUUUUGUAAGAAACUGUUAAAGCAUGCAUUUAAAUUGCAUUUGAACAAAAAAAAAAACAAAAUGGUUCAGAUUAUUAUUGAUAUAUAGUUAGCAGCAAUCAAAGGAAUUCUUCCACACACUUGUAUUUUUGCCUUCAAAAUCCAACUGCAUUUUUCUAAUACAUAUUUAAUGAAAAUUUCACUGCAUUGAAACAAACAAAAAAAUUGACACUAUAUUGAGAAUAGGUUUUCUUAUUUCACCAUUUAGACGAAUGAGAUUUGAAUUUAUUUUUAGUUUAUUUUAAGCCCUCGACUGAUAUAUGUCGAAUGCUUAGAGUUUUACACUUGCGAUAGGUCGUCGAAGCUAACGCAUGCAUAAAGUAAUACAAUCAAUCAAUCAAUUAACCCCAUUAGAAGAAUAUUCAAUUUUUAUUAAACAAUAAGAAAACAAGUUAUUGAUUUUACAUU